AGCCCUGGGACGGGGCAUGUUCCAGAAAGAAUCAAGCUCCUGUAGGUGUUAGGGUGCCAGUGGACGGACGGGGUCCCUGAGUCACUCCUCAGCUGCACUGGCCUAGGGACUGCCUUUCAGAUGACUUUUGCAGUUGAGUUGGGGACCCAACAGCGCUUCUAGCUGGAGCUGAGAGCCCUCCCAUGUUUCAUCCUAUCCGGAGUUGUCAACGGUGAUGGUGCUUGCUAAUCGAUUAUACUGGGAAGGCAACCAAAGAUCCCCAAGGCAGACUGAGACCCUGCUGUAUUACAGAUGAAGUCAUCUGACAUCGACCAGGAACUCUUCACUGAAAGCUAUUGCAAAGUCUGCAGUGCUCAGCUGAUAUCUGAAUCUCAGCGGGUGGCUCAUUAUGAGAGUCGGAAGCAUGCAAGCAAAGUGCGUCUUUAUUACAUGCUCCACCCCGUCGAUGGAGGCUGUCCAGCCAAGAAGCUGCGAUCAGAAAAUGGCAGUGACAGCGACUUGGUGGAUAAGAACAAGUGCUGCACACUCUGUAACAUGUCCUUCACCUCUGCAGUGGUGGCUGAAUCUCAUUACCAAGGGAAAAUCCAUGCCAAAAGGUUAAAACUGUUACUAGGCGAACAACCAGCAUUAAAGGCCACAGAAACCACGCUGAGUUCGCUCAAGCAGCCGCACGUGGACAGCUCUCCCGUCAUCCCUUCGCCUCAUCAGAGAAGAGACUCGGACAGAUACUGCCAGCUCUGCGCCGCCUGGUUCAACAACCCCGUGAUGGCCCAGCAGCAUUACGAUGGCAAGAAGCACAAAAAGAACGCAGCCCGGGCUGACUUACUCGAACAGCUAGGGAAAACGCUGGACUUGGGAGAGUUGAGAGGUCUGAAGCGCAGUUACACGUGUAACAUCUGCAAUGUCACGCUGAACUCAAUAGAACAGUACCACGCUCACCUGAAGGGCUCCAAACAUCAGACCAACCUGAAGAAUCAGUAGCAGUUCAUCGAUCACGCGGCGGGAAAAUUUCUUCUGCAAAGAAGAACCGACUAACCAACAGAGAGGAUGCUUUCUUGGACAAUGAGCAUUGCCUUGGUGGAGUCAUUAAUUAACGCACCUACUCUUCGCUUUGGACAAAUGAAUGGAUUUCCUUUUUUUAAAUUCUGUGGUGAGUUAAAAUGUCUGGAUGGAUUUUUUUACCCGUUCGAGAUAAUAUAAUCCACAUGCCGUCUAAAGUAUGACAAAUAUCCUGUAAGAAACAGCAUUUAAGCAUCAUUCAUCCUCAAAGACAGUGGAAACAAUAUUUUACUUUUUUCCUAUUUAUUCUUAGGUUUCUUUCGAGAGUAUAAAGCGGUUCUAUUAAAUUAUCCAUGAUUGUGAUGUAAGCAGUCUUCAGCCAGAAAUAAACUUGAUUUCCUCACC